AUGGCCGAGCACUUCCAACUGCUGCGCUCGACGCCAGAUUCGAGCCUCUUCAGCUUCCCUCCUGCAAAUGCGCCAGCCCCCAUUGCGCCCAUCGAGGUUCCAACAUCAAUCUUACGGCCGUUCAAUAUCCCCCAGCAUAUCUUUACUGGUGCUCUCGAUGCCAAGGUCCCCCUGACCAUCGCUAUUCUGUACGCCGUGACUGUUAAGAGUCUCAACAUCUACAACAAGUCCAACGGCAAGAAGCCAUGGGCCAUCAGCAAGACUCGUCCUUUCUUUGCCUUCGUGGUUCUUCACAACGUCUUCCUCUGUGUCUACUCUGCUUGGACCUUCUGGGGCAUGCUUGCUGGUAUGAAGAGGAGCAUUGCCAACCCCACUGGUCCCCAGGGUCUAGCUGGUAUGGCUGAUAGUUUCUGUCGUCUCCAUGGGUCCUCUGGUCUCGGAAACUCCGUCUACUAUAACGAAACCACAAGCUCAUUUGUGUCUUCGGCCGAGAACGCUGCUAUCGUUGAUGGUUUGCCCAGUGGAACUGUUGGGGGUCGUCUUUGGAACGAGGGGCUGGCCUACUAUGGCUGGAUCUUUUAUCUCAGCAAGUUCUAUGAGGUCCUCGAUACAUUCAUCAUUCUAGCCAAGGGCAAGCUUAGCUCUACCCUCCAGACAUAUCACCACGCCGGAGCCAUGCUUUGCAUGUGGGCUGGUAUGCGUUACAUGUCUGCACCCAUCUGGCAGUUUUAUUUCUACUACACCCUGACUGCCUUCAACAUCAGGGUCCCUACUCCCGUCAAGCGCACCCUUACCUCGAUGCAAAUCACACAAUUCCUUGUCGGCGCAAGUAACACUGUGGCCCAUUCUUUCAUCUCUUACAGGGUUCCGGUCACCGUACUUCAGAAACUCUCCGCUCCAGUCGGCGGUACCACAGCCGCUCCUGAUGCCAGCCAAGAGACCGUUGUCGACGGCGCAGUCGAGUCCCUCAAGAAGUUCAUUUGGGGUGCUGGUGAGGGUGCCGACCCUAUUGCCUCACAGGCCGUCAGUGCUGAGGCCUUUACUGCGGAGACCCAAUACAUCACUCAGCCAUGUAUUAUGACCACUGGCGAGACCUUUGCUAUAUGGCUCAAUGUGUUGUACCUCGCUCCUUUGACUUACCUUUUCGUCAGCUUCUUCAUUGCCAGCUAUGUCAAACGAAGUAACGCUGCCAGCAAGACCUCUCACAAGGGAGCUCACGAUGUCAACGCAAACAUUGCUCUUGCCGAGAAGGCUGGCUGGGAUGCCGCCAAGGGCAUCGAGAAGGAAAUCUACGAUGGUGCCAACAUGGCUAAUGGCUCCUCUGACGAGGCCUCACGCUCCUCGACACCCAAGAAGGCCAAUGGUAAGCCACGACGAAAGGCUUAA